UGCACUUGCAAGGCAAGCACGGCACCUCUGAGCUACAGGUCAAUACCUAGAACAUUGCUUCGUAUGGAGAAAAUGCAGUACUAAGUGUCUGACAGAAAGACAGAACAGCUUCAUCCACAGCAGGCAGUACCGACCACAGCCACAUUCUGGCAUCACAUGAGCAAAGGGGGUCCACCGGAACAGGCACAUCCUGGAGGAGACCCCCAAGUUCUGAGGAUCCUGUACAGUGCCUCAAGCUGAGAUGCUGUGUUUUCAUUCUCCUUUCCCCCACAGGACCAUGGCAGAUCACCUUGACCUUCUCUUAGGAGUGGUGCUCAUGGCCGGUCCUGUGUUUGGUAUUUCUUCCUGCUCCUUUGAUGGUCGGAUGGGCUUUUUUCAUUUCUGCAAUAUCACCAAGAUUCCCCGGGUCCUCAACACCACAGAGAAGCUCCUGCUAAGCUUCAACUACAUCAGAGCCAUUAUGACCACCUCAUUCCCCCGCCUGGAGCAGCUGCAACUACUAGAGAUCAGGGGCCAGUUUACUCCCUUGACAGUGGACAAAGAGGCCUUCAGAAACCUGCCCAAUCUUAGGAUCUUGGAUCUGGGUAAAAAUCAGAUCAACUUCUUGUAUCCGGAUGCUUUCCAGGGACUAUUCUAUCUGCUUGAACUGAGACUAUUUGCCUGUGGGCUCUCUGAUGCUGUAUUAAGAGAUGGUUAUUUUAGAAAUUUGAUUUCUUUAAUUCACUUAGACCUAUCCUACAAUCAAAUUGGUAGCCUUUAUCUUCAUUCUUCAUUUCAGGAACUGAAUUCCUUGAAGUCCCUAGAUUUUUCCUUCAACCAAAUAUCCAUCUUAUGUGAAGGUGGGCUCAAGCCACUUCAAGGAAAAACGCUCUCUCUUUUCAGACUCAAAGCUACUAACCUGUACAAGGGAGUCUCCGUGGACUGGGAGAAAUGCAUGAAUCCAUUCAGAAAUAUGCAGCUGGAAACCCUUGAUGUUUCCAAAAACGACUGGACCGUGGCUAUCACAGGAAACUUCAGCAAUGCCAUCAGGGGAAGCCAGACUUCCUCUUUGAUUCUCACCUACCAUAUUAUGGGUUCUGGGUUUGGCUUCCAAAACAUCAAAGAUCCUGAUGAGAACACAUUCUCUGGCCUGGACAGAAGCUCAGUGGUAUACCUGGAUCUUUCACACGGGUAUAUCUUCUCCUUGAACCCCCGACUCUUUAAGACACUCAAGGAGUUGAAACUUCUGAACCUUGCCUGCAACAAGAUAAACAGGAUUGCAGACAAAGCAUAUUAUGGACUUGAGAGCCUCCAAAUACUCAAUAUAUCAUGUAACCUUCUUGGGGAACUUUAUAAUUCUAGUGUAGCCUACCUUGAUCUCCAAAAGAAUCACUGAAUAAUUCAGGACCAGACUUUCAGAUUCCUAAAAGAAUUACACAACUUAGAUCUCCGGAAUAAUGCUCUUAAAAACAUUUCUUUUAUUCCAAAAUCUAUGCUCUUAGGUGGCAAUAAACUGGUGACUUUGCCAAAUAUUAACUUUAAAGCCAACUACAUUCACUUAUCAGAGAAUAGGCUAGAAAAUCUGACUGACCUCUACCGCCUUCUCCAGGUAUCUCAGCUCCAAACUCAUUUUAAAUCAAAUCGCCUUUCCUCUUAUGACCCAAAUCACACCCCUCCGGGUAAUCACAACUUAAAACAUCUUCUCCUUGGAGAAAAUAUGUUGCAACUUGCCUGGGAAACUGGGUUCUGCUGUGAUGUUUUUAAGGGGCUCUCCCAUCUCCAGGUUCUGUAUCUGAAUAAUAACUAUCCUAAUUUCCUUCCCCCUGGAGUAUUUAGCAAUCUGACUGCAUUGAGGGGACUCAACUCCAACAGGCUCAUGGUUCUUUCUCCUGGUAGUUUACCUGCUAAUUUAGAAGUCCUGGAUAUAUCCAGAAACCAUCUCCUAUCUCCUGAUCCGGUAUUUGCAUCGCUUAACUUCUUGGACAUAACCCAUAACAAAUUCAUUUGUGAGUGUGAACUCAGCACUUUUAUAAGUUGGCUCAAUCAAACCAAUGUCACUCUAUUGGGAUCUCCUGCAGAUAUAAACUGCAUGUAUCCUAACUCACUCUUGGGGGUUUCCCUCUACUCCAUUUCCAUGGAAGACUGUGAUGAAGAGGAAGUCUUAAAGUCCCUAAAGUUUUCCCUUUUUAUCUUAUUCACUGUGACUUUGACUCUGUUCCUCAUGACCAUUCUCAUAGUCACAAAGUUCCGGGGAUUUUGUUUCAUCUGUUAUAAGGCAGCCCAGAGACUGCUGUGCAAUGACCAUCUGCAAAGAAUAGAACCUGAUAGGUACAGAUAUGAUGCCUACUUUUGCUUCAGUAGCAAAGACUUUGAGUGGGUACAGAAUGCUUUUCUGAAACACCUGGACACUCAGCACAGUGACCAAAAUAGAUUUCACCUGUACUCUGAAGAAAAAGACGUCAUCCCAGGAGAAAACCACAUCACCACCAUCCAGGCUGCCAUCUGGAACAGCAGAAAGAUCAUCUGUCUUGUGAGCAGACACUUCCUUAGGGAUGGGUGGUGCCUGGAAGCCUUCAGUUAUGCCCAAAGCAGGUGCCUCUCUGACCUCAGUAGUGUCCUCAUCAUGGUGGUGGUUGGGUCACUGUCCCAGUACCAGCUGAUGAAACACCAGUCAAUCAGAGGAUUUAUACAGAAGCAGCAGUGCUUGAAGGGGCCUGAGGAUGUCCAAGAUGUUGGCUGGGAUCUCAAUAAACUCUCUCAGCACAUCCUAAAGAAAGAAAGGAAAGAAGACAAUCGCAUUUAAUUGCAAACAAUAGCAACUAUCACCUAG